GGUUCAGUCAUACGCAAUCAUACGUACGAUGCGUUGACUGAAUAACGACGACAGUAAUAACCAUAAAAAAUCAGUGACUCCGAUUUAUUUUCCGUUCAAACUGAAUCGACCUGUAAAAAAUGUUCAUCAAAGGAUUCAAGGUGAAAAGUAACAAUCCGCUGAAAGGUUCUGAAAGAAAAAAAUUAUACUCCGAGAUAUCCGCAACAUUUCCGAGCCUCGGCGAUGAACAAAUUCAAAAUAUACUACCGAAGAAAGAGGCGGUCAGUUCAAUGAAGAUAAUGACACACAGCGGGGAAAUCGGCAAACUCUUCUGCGCCUCGGAUGUUCCGAUGUUCUUUCAGCUCGAUUCAGGCAUCUAUCCCACCGUUUAUACUCUUUGGCAGUACCCAGACCUCCUGCACAGCUUCACUACUCAUCACGCUGUCAUACAAAAGCUCGCCAGUGGCGCGGACCUCAUGUUGCCAGGAGUCGUUCUCCAGGGUCCACCGUCCCUUCACGCGUAUGGGAAAUUAGAAAAGGGAACUCCGGUGUCUAUCAAUACCUCUGACAAUAAGGCAGCAGUUGCAGUUGGCAUCACUGCUCACUCCAGUUAUGAUUUAUACAUGGCAGGAGGUCGCGGUAAAUGUGUAGAAAUACUACACGCGCUUGGCGAUACUCUUUGUCAACUGGGAAAACCACCUAUGAGACCAAACUUAGAUGUGCCAUUUGCCCAUGAAGAGGUAGAUGAGGGGGAUGAAAUUUUGCCCGAGAAACUCCAGGAACUCGAUAUCAGGGGCGAAAUUAAAACUGAAACAAUAGAGGAACGCUUAAGACAAGAAAAUACUGACGAGAGUGGUGACCCAGAGGAGAAUGUGAAGAGUGUCGAAAACGAGGCGCCUAGUGAAAAACUGGACCCCAUUCAGGAGAUGGACAAGCUCUUGGAGUACUGUUUCCUAAAAGCGUGUAAAACCUCGAUAAAAAAGGGAGAUCUGCCGAUGCUCUCGUCGAAUUUUUUUAAAAACCACUUACUGGCUGUUUGUCCGCCUGACCAAACUAUAGACGUCAAAAAGUCGAGCUAUAAAAAGUUGUCUGUAUUCUUGGCCAGCAUGAAAACUAAGGGCAUAAUCAACACCUCGACUUUGAAGGGCGUUGAGACAUUGCUGUCUGUUAAGACCGAUCAUCCGUUAAUAAGAGAAUUGGUGAUAAUGGAAGAACGUGCACCAGUUGAACCCGUUAUAUCGAACGUUCCCGUUGUUGCAGAGUGUUACAGGGUUACGGCAGAUGUUUUUCCCGUUUUAUCAAAAUUCGGAUACGACAAAGGGGACAUUCUGACUAGGGCCGAAGUGCGGAAGAGCUUCACUGAAUACGUAAAAAAAGAGAACCUUCAAGAUGGAAAAAUCCUAACUUUAAAUCCACAACUGGCCGGCAUUUUGCGGACAAAAGAGCACCAAGAAACUCUGGGCUGGGAAGAUGCGCUCAAUAAGUUCAUUGGCAGGAUGACCCAUACCCACCAAGUGACGGUUGCCGGAACGAGGUUGGUACGAAGCGGAAAAUUGGAACCGAUUGAUAUCACAGUCGCUACUAGGUCUGGAAAUAAAAAGGUGACGUUGGUGAACAACUUGGAAACCUUUGGCAUAAAAUUACAAGAAUUCAGCAAAGAGUGUCAAGGAAUUGGAGCCAGUGCUACAAUAACUGAUGUACCUGGAAAAAAAACGCCUAGUGUCCUUGUACAAGGCAACCAAGUUCUCUACGUUUAUAAAUUGUUAACUGAAAAAUACCAGAUAAAUAAGAAGUACAUAAGAGGCCUCGAAUAUGCACCUAAACAACGGAAGUAACGUGCGGAUUGACGACUGGUGGAAAGCGAGAAUUGCAACCGCUAUAAAUGAU